AUGGAAUGCUUGAAAGCAGAAGUAAUGAUGGAAGGAGAAUCAGAGGAGUUUGAAUAUAAUAAAUGGCACAACAUAGUCUUGCGUUUACCACCCUACCAUCCCGAGCUCAACCCCAUCGAAGGCAUAUGGGCGUUGCUUAAAAAUCAUAUUGCAGCCCACAAUGUGACUUUUAAAUUAGAUGAUGUGUGGAAGUUGGCGGAAGACAAAUUGAAAAAUAUUGGAGUCGAGGAAUGGGAGAAAGUAUGUGCGCAUGUGGCAAAAUCUGAGGAGGAGUACAUUUCAAGAGAACAUUUUACCGACGACGUUCAUGAAUUUAUUAUAAGGGUUAAUAAUGAUUCUAAGUCUGAAUGUAAUUAUUUUUCAUCAAAUGAGGAUGACAAUGAUUUCUAA